GUGGCCUUUCGGUCUACCCAAAACGAUCGAUCCCGGACAAUCAGGAUGAAUGCGACCAAGAAUCUGUUACGUUCUCGUGUCGGAAAAUACUCGCGUGCAUUGGUACGACCAGUAGCAAAGCUUACGGGAAACGCGUUCCCGUUGCGUGCCGACUUUCGUGGAACGAGUCAGUCCACAGUCGUUCCGCAUCAUCGAUUCUUUGGCACCGACGCGCACGUUAAUGUCGUUCACGUUUCGGUCCAAGAAGCCCGAGAAACAACCGCCAAGGCGCUGCAAAUGAUUGGCUGGGAUCACGAAGAUGCAGCUCUCCAGGCAGAAAUUAUGACGGCCGCCGAAUUGUGUGGCAACAAUCAGGGACUCGUCAAAAUGUACCAACCCGCACUCAUGGCGCCGUCGCCCAACGCCGGGAAACCAACUGUCGAACGCGAGACUCCCACAUCGGCUGUCGUUAACGCAAAUCAAUCACCCGGGAUGCUCGCUGCCGUCAAUGCUGCCGACUUGGCGGUCCACAAAGCAACAACCAACGGUCCUAUUGCCAUCGUUACCUCCUACAAUACCUCUACUUCGUCGGGACAGCUGGCCUUUUAUGUAGAACGCAUGGCACGAAAAGGAAUUAUUGGGAUUGCUAUGGCCAAUUCACCAGAGUUCGUGGCGGCGGCUCAAGGAGGAAAGCCCGUCUUUGGGACCAAUCCCAUCGCCGUGGGAAUUCCACAAAAAGACGCGGUUCCCUUUACGUUUGACAUGGCGACUUCGGCAAUUGCCUUGUUUGGGUUACUGACUUCCAAAGCGCAGAACACGCCGCUGCCAUCCAAUGUUGCCUAUGGUAAAGACGGUGGUUGGACCACUGAUGCCGCAGAAGUGUUGGACGGCGGUGCAAUUGCAACCUUCGGUGGACACAAAGGUGCAGGGCUGGCCUUGUGUAUUGAGCUAUUGGCUGGGGCUCUCUCGGGAAGCGCAGUACUUGGACUUGUGGAAUCCAAAAAGUCGGCCAAGUCAUGGGGACAUUUGUUUAUUGCUAUCGAUCCCAAUGCUUUGACGGACGAUUUUGAAAGCAAGACAGCCUCUGUUAUCGCCGCGGUGAAAGCGUCCGGUGACAACAUUCGUAUCCCGGGAGAGCGGUCCGCAAACAUGUCGGAGGAACGAAAAGCUGUGGGAAUCAUGCCCGUACCACAGAAGAUUUGGGAAUCCAUUGUCUUGACUGCUGAGCACGGCAUCCAAAACUAGACAAUAAUUUGAAAGGUAAAGAAAGACUUUCGCGUCU